CCUGCCUCAAUUAUUGAAGCAAUCAACCAGCUUACGAAGGGCGCUGAGGUGAUGAUGCUCUCAGCUGAGCUGAUGCGCGAUCGGAUUACUAGCCUUGAGAGAGCCAAUGAGGCAGCGUCAGCACGCAAACAGCGUAAGAAAAAGCGUAUACAGCAGAGUGGGGUCUUAACAAAAGGAGCUGGAGAGGAUCUACUCGCUCAACGUGAGGCUGACCAGCAGAUUGCUCGUGAGCAGCGUCAAGGAGGAGAUCAAUCAGGCCUCAGCCGCCAGGCCCUUGCGCGCUGUAAGAAGUGUAAGGAGCCUGGUCAUAACUCACGUACAUGUAAAUUUGAUACUAUAGAAGUUACU